CAGGGGCAAAUAGUCGGGAGAAAAUGUUCGGCGGUGGCAAAUGUUGGGGAUCAACCAGUCUGGAACCGUGAUUUCAAGUGGUUGUAGCAGAAACCACGAACUUUAUAUUGGCAUAGCGCCACCUAUCACUGCGGAAGAUUUUAAAAGUUCAUACGAAAAGUUCCUCUUUCGCUGUCGAGCGUAAAUUAGGCAAGUAGGAUAGCGAAGAAUGGCUGCUGCCGAAGUUCAGACGGCUUUUGUGGGAAAUUCAGGGCCUCAAACGGCCCACAGUGGUAAAGAUGAGUUAGAUCAAUUGAAAGAAAUUGCAAAGCAAGCUUUACAGGAGCAUGAGAGAUUGAAAAAGAAAUAUGAAGAAAGUCAAAGAAUCCAAAAAAGAUUAAAGGAUCAAUUGGUGUCCAGAGAACAGGAGCUAAUACGAAUACAGAGUGUGUCCGAGGCAGCUUGCGAUGAGUUUGCAGAAAUCAAAGCACAACUUGAAGUUGAGCAGUUUUGCCGAGAAGAGGCUGAAAGUUAUGCUACAAAGAUGGUAAAACAAAAUAAGUCGAUCAAGAGGAAAAGUGCUGCAAUUCUUGGUGUCAAUAACUGGGCUUCAAUUGAAAUUAGUUUGGAUGAGGAUGAUGAAGAUGGAACACACGAGAACACCUCAGAACAAGAAAGGUUAAAUGCUUGAACAAGAAAGAUUGUCAAAUUCUUCUCUAAAGGACGCACUGAAGCACAGAGAUCGCUCCAUACAACAGCUAAGCAGAGUUUCAACUCUCGUUGUUAGUGAAUUUGAAGAGAUUAGCGAGAACUAUGAGAGAGAAACUGUUCUUCGUAAGAAAGCCGAGUGCUUUGCAGCAAAGAUGUACCAGGAAAAUAAAGUCGUCUCUGAAGUUGCCAAGCGACAAAGUCAAAUCCUGAUGGAUCCUACGCAACUGACUUCGGAUGACAAGUUACUGGAGGCGAUGAAAGAACUAGAAGAAUUGAAUGCCAUGUUGGGAGAUAAGAAUGAAAAACAAGAUAAGAAAGUUGAUAUUGAUGACAAAGUAUCCACACAUGUUGAAAGUGUUGUGCCACCAGCUUCUGCUGAUUUGCCACCUGUUUCUGAUGAUGAGCCACCUCUUAAUAGUGAGCGACCCUCUCAUGUAGAUGAGUGCCCACCUGAUGCUGAUCAGCAUCCACCUAGUGUAGAUCCAUGUCCACCAGAUUUGGCUGAUCUAUCUAGUGGGAUGUCUGCAGAUCAGACUACACCAGAGGUGGUAAGUGUCAGUGCAGAGGUUACACCUGCCAGUUAUGAUACAAAUGCAAACGAUGAACACGGAGUAGUUACUGGUAAGACACCAGUAUUAUUCAAAGAUAACCAUGAACAAAAACCUGUUGAAUUUUCUGGACAAUCUGAAGAAAUUAAUUACUCCUCUGUAACUUCUGGAGAAUCAAAACCAAUAUUUGUACCAUCAGAAGACUCAAAACCAUCAUUUGUACCAUCAGAAGAACCCAAACCAGCAUCUGUACCAUCGGAAGAACCCAAACCAGCAUCUGUACCAUCAGAAGAACCCAAAUCAGCAUCUGUACCAUCAGAAGAACCCAAAUCAGCAUCUGUACCAUCUGGAGAACCUGGUGUGACAUCUGCUGCUUCUGAAGAUUCUUUUCUAAUUCCAAUACCAUCUAGCAAAUCUGAUGUAACCUUGUCAGAUGAUAUCAUUCCACCACCUCCAGAAGUUUUACAGGUUUUAGUUAAUGAUUCUAGUGCAGAAUCUGGCCAAGGAAUUCCUGCCCAUGUCUCAGAGAAAGAAAGUGAUAUACUUCCAGAUGCAUUGAUAAAGGUGAGAGAUGAGUUAAACAGUAAUGAAGAUAAUGGUCAGCCUAAGAAAGAGUAUGUCCACACACUUGAAACAAAACUGAGCAUCGCCCAGGAGGAGAAUGAAAACCUUGAACAACAGAUCAACGAGCUUCAGGAUGAAUUAAAAAAAGUAAAGGAGCAAUUGGAGGUUGCUUCUGAGAAACUACGUCCUCCACCACCACCCCCUCCACCACCACUUCCUGCCCCUGUGAAGAAUCCUUUAAAUCUUUUUAGAAAACUUAUCAAAGGUAAAAAUACAGAUGAUAAGCAAGGUAAAGCAGCAAAUCAAGGCAAGGGCAAAAAGGAUCCCUUGCAAGAAAAGUACACAGCAACAAUUGAUGAAAUGAUGAAGAGAAUCAAGUCAGGUAAAGCUGGACUUAAACCUGUUGGCGAGGAUGAGAGAAGAGCAAUUGAGAGAGGAAGAAGCUCAAAGUUAAGUCGCAAAAAUACUCCCACCCCAGCAAUGAUGGAACUUAAUGGACUUUUGAAAAAGACAUCGUCAAAUCGUCCGCCUUUGAUUAAAUCUUCAUCAGAGUCUGAAGCCACGUCUGAAUUUCUCAACAUCAUGAACCAACGACGAAAAAAGAUGGAAAUAGGGGAGUCCAUCAAGGAAAAUGGAGCAAAAGGAGGAACAGCAUCUUGAGAAAAACCAAGCAUAUAAAAAUCCCACCUGCUGUUGCUAAGAAACCAAGGACCAGAUCAAUGUCAUCGUCAACAACACGACCUUUCAACUUGAAUCAUUCCAAAGGGCGAGUACGAGCAUUACAAGUCAAAUAUGAAGAAGCAUGUAACACUGAAGAUCCAGAGUCGGUAUCAAGUUUGUCACCUAUGGACUCGCCGACAUUUGAUCUUCCUGACCUCUUUCCUCCUGCUACCCCAUCUCCAUCUUCAUCUGUAAAAAGAAAUGGUAUCAUUGGUGUACCACAACCGUGGACACCACCAACUCCAUCUAGGACCUCGUCAAGUUCUAGCACAGCUUCUGGGAAAAUGUCCCAGUGGAUGGUCCCACUUAUUGCUCCUUUAUCACCGGCAAAUUCUUCUUCUUCCCAGUCGUCAUGGUCAUCAUCGUCACCCCCGCCUAUUCCACCCCACAGUUCGUCAGCAAAAAAUAUACAAUCGCAUUUACACCUUCAACCUCGAUCUUCAUCGCCUGCUAAUUCCGCACAGAUUAAUGAUUCUACUCGACCAGUAUCGCCUUUGACCCAGAAUGGGCGCUCAAAAUCCCCAUUAGCGUUCUUCCUGAGGUCAUCAAGUUCCUCCCAGUCAUCAGUCAACAGCAACAAUGAACUUACCAAUAGUUCUGAUUGUCACAUAUAUGAAGCUUAUGAGCUGUUUGAAGAAGAAGACAACCCAGUGUAUGAAAGCAUUGAUAAUCCCUGCAGAGAGUAUCAAAAGAAUGAAAGGUACUACUCUACUGGUUGUAAAUCAUUGUCAAAUUCAAGAUGACUCUACAAGAAAUAUAAUUAAUAGUUUUAGGUUUCAAACUUUGUAUAUAAUUUUUAAUGUUGGUAAUAAGGAAGUAAACAAGUAAUUGAUUAACAAGUAUUGUAAUUAUUGUAAUUUUAAAGAUCCCUCUGACUUGGACUUAUUAAUUCUGCAUUGAUUGCGGAUAUUUUAUUGUUUUGACCUUAACUAAAUUGAUUCACUUAUAUACAUUGACAAUACUACAUUUUAUUUGUUAAUCAUUUGAUUUGAUUUAAUUUCAUUUGUUAAUUAUUUGAUUUAGUUAGUUAAUUUGAUUUGAUCUAUUUUAUUGGUUAAUUUGAUUUGAUUGAAUUGCAUAGGAUAUACGGUAGUAUAAAUAAUUAUCAUUACAAAACUAUAUAGUAGUACAUAAUUAUUUUAAUUAAUUAUUAAUUUCACCUUUGUCACUAGGGCCUUGUGAUAUUUUAUAUUGUAUAAAUGAUUAUAUAAUUAAAUGAUUUUAUUUUUAAAGAAAAUAAACUUAUCACCUUUGAUGCAUAGCCAUUGUUAUAUUUUAUAUGGUAUAAAUAAUUAUAUAAUUGAAAUACUUUAUUAUAGUAUAUAAUUUUAUUUUCAAGGAAAAUGUAAAUCAUAUCACCUUUGUUGCUUGGACAUUGGACAAUUAUUUUAUAUGGUAUAAAAUCAUAAUUUCACCUUUGUAAACUUUGUGCAUUAUUAUACUGUUGCCAAUUUUAUGUAAAAUAUUGAAAAUCAUAUCGUUUACAGUCUUAUCAACAUUCUGUAGGUGUAUGUCUAGUUUUAAUUAUGAGUUUCAUUUGAUUGGAUAUUUUGAUAUUGUACAAGUAUAACGAUUUUUACUAUUCUUACACCAGUCUUCAGCUAAUGGCUAAUUCUGAUUGGAUGUUAUUGUUUGUAUGGAUUGGAUUAGGGCAGUAAUAUGUAAUCAGAAUUAGAGAUUCAUUUAAAACUGAUGUAACAGUAGCCACUGCCAAAAAUUUUUUUUUUUUUUGGCAAAUUAAUUUAUGCAUCUAAAUGAUUUGUGUUUGUUUUAAAGUCUAUAAAAUUUAUAAUCCUGUACAUACCAUGUAUAUACACAAAAAAUUUGUUUAUCUGGUGAAAUGAAAAAGGAAAAAUACAUUUUUUUAAACGUAACUUUAUUGUAAUUAACUAUUGUAGCAAAAUAGAAUUUGAUUAAAUGCAUCAUAGCAUACAAAA